CCCCUCCCCUGUGACGUCACCCACUCGAAUAAGACGCAGCGCCUGGCGUCGCCCCGCCCCUUCACUCGGCUUCCAAAAUGGCCGCCCUGGCAACGAGGAGCCGCGGAGCGGUCGUCAAGGGCCGCCAGAAUGCCAGCAAUUUCAAUGGUCAAGGUACUGUUCAGCCUUUUCAGAAUCACAAGAUGAAAGCUGACCAACGUAAGAAAGCUGAAUAUUUCAGAACAGGAGAUAAGCUAAAGAAUCAGCUGGUGAACAUUGAAAAAGAUAAAAAUUUCCUUCUCUUCAAUAAGAAGAAUGAAUUUAGAACAGAAUAUUGCACACUGGAAGAACUGGAACACAAAUUGAGCAAAAACCGCAAAGAAGAAAAAGCUAAAAUCCAGCAGAAACUAGCCAGAAUGUAUAACAAUGUCAGGGGAUUUCAGCGACAAUUAAAGGAUGUGAAACCAACCCCGGAAUUUGUUGACAAACUCAGAGAAAUGAUGGAGGAAACUGAAAUGGCAAUAAAUGCUUUUAAAGAAGAACAACGACCAAUCUAUGAGGACCUUAUGCGAGAGGAAAAGUCUGCUACUAACGAACUUAAUGCCAUGGAGAGAAAAAUGGAGAGGUGGGCAUUGGAUACUUCUUCAAUGGGAAAGAUUGUCAAAGAAGGCUUACUUCCUCUUGAAAAAGAUGUCCAGAGCCAUCUGCCUAAAGAAGUACUUGAGCUUGAAAGAUUCCUUCAGCAGACAGGAGGGAAACAAGGUGGCUGGGAUGAAUAUGAUCAUCAAAUCUUUUUGAAGAUAUUUACAAAGCAUAAAAGAAAACCAUCAUAUAUGGAAGAAGCCCUUGAUUAUCUUUCUGACAGAACAAGGGAGAACAUUCAACAGCAUGAAAAAUGGUAUCAAGAAUUUCAAGUUUUAGAGGCUCGAAAAAAAGAGUCCAUUCAGAAAUGGAAGUUGAAAAAGCAAGAAGAGAGAGAGAACGUCUUAGCCCAAAAAGAGAAUCCAGAGCAAUCUCUCAGUGCAGUCCACCACCUUCACCGUGAAGAAGCUCAGAAGCAGAAAGCCAAAGAAGAAAGAAAGAAACGACUGGCAGAACUUGAAGCAUGGAAAAGACAAAAAGCAAUUGAACAUGCAAUGAAACAAGCCACUCAGCUACAAGAGGAAGAAGAGAAAGAGAAGAAAAAACAGUGGGAACGUCGGCGGCAGUUUCAGAUCAAGUUGCUGCUGGAAAAUUACAACAGACAGAAAAAAGCAGAGGAAGAGCUAUUGAGAUUUGAGAAGGAGAAAAAGGAGGAAGCUGAAAGGGAAGAGAGGAAAAAAAUUGCAGCAGAAGAAAUUCUUAAGUUCCAAGAACGAGAUUUGCAUAAACUUGAGUUAAAGAUUCAAGAAAAGCAAGCAAAAGAAGAUGAGAAGACAGAAAAAGAAAAAAGACUGUCAAAGCUAAGAGAGAAGGUUGAAAUUAAUGUAACUCGGGACCCAUAUCGGUUGUACAGACCUACUAAAGUUUGGGAAGAACGGAUCAAAGAGAUUGGACCAGAGGGUUCAGGACCACUUCUGCAUAUUCCACACAAGGCUGUCCCGAGCUGGCGACAAGGGCUAUAACUCGGUAUCUGCUCAAAGAAAUAUUAGAAGAUAUGUACAUUUGUACAAUUACUGGCUGUUUUAUGGUUUUAUAAGGAUUAUUAUGAGAUUUUAAAAUGUUCAUUUUGAAUUGAGAAUGAAGUUAUGUAAACAUGAAUUUUAUUUCAUGUUUAUAAAAGAGCAAAUAUAAACUGUCUUUAUAAAUCGCA